AGUGAGUGAGUGAGGGAGGGAGAGAGAGAGAGAGAGAGCGAGAAAACUUUUCAGUUUUAAAGAGCGAGAGGAAGCGUGUGCUGGAGUCCCACCAUGCAGAUCACAGACGUGUUAAAAAAAAGGACCAAUUCAAAUACACAGUAUGCAGCUUGAGGGAGGAGCCAGGAGAAACUCUGAGAGGUGCCAAUAACAGGGGGUCAAUGUGGUUAUGCCCUCUAUGUCAGGAAAGUCAACCAGACCGUGAGAAUCUCUCUCUUCACCUUACGGGCAAACACAGUGUCCUCCCUGCUUGCCUUGAUAAGUUACUGGAUAUUGCUGCUCCUAAGCACCGUUCCAUCGCUGAAGAAGAGGAAUCCAAAGCCCAAAAUGAUGCAGAUGACGCAUCUCAGCUGAAACAUUUAGAAUACACAAAAUCCCCCUCAAUGGCUUCCCAAAAUGAGACUACAGACGCAGGUGACAAGGGUGGUUCUUCUCAGGAAAAAGAGCUGGAUGAAGAGAUGGAGGGAGGGAGAAAUGCAGAAAGUGAUGCAGUGGGGCUGGAGUUAGAUCAGGACGAUGCAGAGCAAGCUAUAAAAACAUCAGAGGCUUCUGUCAGCAAUGGCAGAUCUAUCUGUAAAAACAGUGUAGCCUCUGAAGGUGACAACCGUCCAUUCAAGUGUAAUGCAUGUUUGGAGUCAUUUCCCACUAGAACAGCUUUGAGCGUUCAUUAUAAUUCAACCACCCAUAUUCAAAGGAUGAGAACCGGGACAUUGAAAGACAGUGAAUCAACCCCUUUCCUGGCUCGACCUUACAUCUCCAACAAACCAUACCAGUGUGCCGUCUGUCGUGUCUCCUACAAUCAUGCCAUCACCCUGGAAAGUCAUUUAAAAUCUGUGUUGCACCAGAGUCGCAGCAGGAGUGCUGGGAAUGCUACUCCCAGUUCCAGUGCAAAUACAGGAACUGGAUCCAUGGUUACAAACUUGGCUCCGACUACUGUUGGAAGCACCACACAGUUAGUUAACACCUCCACCAGCAAUUGUGUCACCCAAGCAAACCUGACUGCAUCAGCAGUAAUGACCAAAGAUGGAGAGCAGGUGCAGCCUCAGCUAGCUCCCUCAUUACUUUCUUCUCCGGUGGCCUCUGCACAAGCCAUGUCUGCUAUUCUCACUCUCCUGACUUCCAACCCUAAUUCUCUCCCACACUCCAUUCUUCCUUCUCUCUUCACAACUGGAACGUCUGCAACACCAGGCGCAGCUGCCCCGCAGCUUAUACCCCAGCCUCAGAUGCUCAUGCCCCUGGUGUUGAAUGGACUCCAAACCCAAAUCCAGGGCCAGAAUCCAGAGUCUCCAAACCAGCUUUUGCAGCAAGCAGUGCCAGUCCUUGGUCUCAGUGCUGCGCAACAGGCUCUCUUGGCCCAAAGACUCAGUGGCUUACAAAGUCAGUGGGCUGCAUUUGGCCUCCCAACCAACACUCAAGUGAGUUUAGAGGAGACCAACAUGAUGCCGGACAAAGGUGCCGACAUGAGAGUAUGCAAUGAGAUAAAAGUCGAGCCUUCUGAUCAUCAAAUGUCACUAAAAUCAGAAGAGGACUGGAAAAUUGGUGUAAAAAAAGAGAUGUGUAUUAAGGCUGAGAAUACACAGGAGCAAAGUGAGAAAAUAAUGGGCAACAGCACAACAUGUGAUAAAAAAGAGAAAGAAGAAAGUGAAAUGGAAGUUGAGGGGACGGGUGAAACAGUGUGUGAAGAGAAAGAUGCAAACUCCAAAGUAACUAAAUCCACACCAGCCCUGGUCCUUCAGGGUGAUAGUCCGUUUUCAUGUGCUUUGGAUCCAAACCAAGGUCUCAGCCAUACACACACUGUUAACAGCUCUGCUGCUGCUAAUUGUAACUUUCGUAACACUAAUUUUGCCUUAAAAUCUUCAGGCCAUAGAAGUGCAAAAGAUCAACUGCUCUUGUCUUCAGGACGGCCUGUGCUCACUGAGUUCCAGUCUCAGGUUCUGUGGGCCUUUUUAGAGUCACGAGAUGAUGCUGAGACAUCUAGUCCUCAGCGGGAGGACUGCGAAGCCCUUGGCAGGGAGGUAGGGCUAAGUGGAGAAGAGGUACGCAAGUGGUUCUUAGAUGCCUGGCAAUCCAAAGAUAGGGAGAGAUUAGACAGCUUCCAUGAUGAAAGAGACAGAAGUAUGGAUGAAGAAGAAGGUAAUUUAAUGAUAGAUGAGGGUGAAGAUGGACAUAGUCCAUCAGCGACAGGUAGUCAUGCCAUUGACUUGUCCAGUAGUGCAGAAAGACACAGGAUUGGUAAGGGAAGCCCAAGAGAACUGCUGUUGACAUCUGACUCUGAAAAUGAAGAGUUCUACACAUCUGUUAUUGUUACUGAUGAAGAAAGUCAAAGCAGCUCUAUGAGGGAAGAGUCCGGUAGCCCAGUCAAACAGUCUUCACAGGUAGAGCAAACAGCUGAAAGGUCAAGUGGUGGUGGAAAGGUUCUUCGCUCUACCACAGUCUUCCUAUCGGAUGCAGAGGAUGAAUAUGAUGAUGAACAAAGUAUGAAGAGGAAAAAGAGAAAGAGUGAGAUUGAUAAGGAAGAGGUGGAGAUCAAGCGGGAGAAGCAAGAUGUAGAUCUUGAUCUUCAGCUGGAGGCACAAGCAGACCCCCCUACUCCUCUUUCAGUUACACUUGAUCAUCAGGGUGUUCCAGCUGGCAUCUUGCAGUCACUGCCCCUUUCCCUGUCUUUGACUCCUCUUUCCACCCAGUUAUACAGUCCAUAUGUACUCUCACUUCCUUCAUCAGUUAUUGGGGUUGGUGUUUCUGAAGGUGACAGGGGUAAAAUGGCCUUUUCAAACACUCAAGCAAUUACUCGAAGUCCAGCUGCACUUUCAGACCCCCUUAAUGCACCCACAGGCACCUCUCUUACACACUCCUUUUUAUCUAAUGGUAAUGAUUGUGAGUCUGCUUUGGAUCUAAGCAUGGGGAAAAAUCACAGCUCGACAUUAUCAUCAACAUCAUCAUUUGUCUCCGCAGCUAACAAGCCCUCUAUACAGAAAACUCAUUUGCUUGAUGGUCUGGGACUGAGACCAGCAACUGUUGGGGUUCCUACAGAUGGAAGCCUUAUUGUUGUUCAGGUGAAGCCAGAUUCUGCCAUUGCUAUCCCAUCUCCCAAUAACAGUACUCUAACUAAUCGCAAUAAUUUGGCUAAGACUAGCACUGUGUACAUGAGGGCAGCAGAAAAAGUUAACACAUCACUCAUUGAAAGAGAAAAAGAGAAGGAACGAGAAAAAGAGCAGGAACAAAAGAGGCCAAAAGUCAGACGGUUCAGGGACAUGAGACGGUCCAGGACCAUCAUCCAUGCUGACCAGCUUGAUAUUCUCUAUGGGUGUUAUUUCAAAGAUCCAAACCCUGGAAAGCAUGAAUUUGAGCAAAUAUCUGAGUGGGUGAACCUUCCAAAGAAAGUGGUUCAGAUCUGGUUCCAGAAUAUGAGGGCCAGGGAGCGAAAGGGAGAGGUCCGUUUUAUCAGUGAUGGCACUUUGGCAGCUGUUGGGAAACCACUCAUUAAGUUCACCUGGCCACUCUCGAAGCCCAUAUUCUCAACCCCUCCUAAAACUAACACAAGUCCCUCUGCUGGCUGGGCCUCUGCAAAACCCCAAACUGGAAAUGUUGCCCCAAAGACGGAUAAGGUGAAAGAGGUCAAGGAGCCCUUGAAAACUCCCACUCAAGGUCCAAGUAGACCAAAUCAGACACCCACUUUCACUGUUGUGUCCACUGGUCCUUCAUUAGUUCACAAGACCAAAGCAGAUGCAACUCCCAUCACAAUGGUUAAAAUAGCUCCUAAGACACUGGCCACACCAGUUGCAGUCCCUCUGCUUGUCAGUGGGAUUCCUGCAACUCGAUCUGCUCCAAAAAGGAAGGUUGAAGAGGUACAAGCUGAGUCAGACCAUACCGAGGAUGAGGAUGAUGAUUAUCAAGCAGUGGUCGAGUCUGGGACUACCAGCCAUAUGGUGCCAAAAUUGUCCACUACGCCAAUUAGCAAGUCUUCUACCUUGGUAUCUCAGAAACACAAUGGGCUCAAAUAUUGGUCUCAGAAAGGACCAUUCAAGAUCAACACCCUGUCAAGAGAACAGUUAGGCCUGAGCUCCCAGCGACCUACGCCCACGACCACGGCCACCACCACCCCUACCACACCAUCUGCUGUGAAGGUUACAGCAUCCUCUGGUCUAAGCCAAAAAGAAACCAGUUACAUGCAGCAGAACUCCACCCCAAGACGACCUCGAACUCACCUGAACUCUCUUCAGCUGUCCAUCCUGCAGUCGUGCUACGAGACAUGUGCUCAUCCUAAUGCACUGGAGUGUGAGGCGGUGGGCACAGAGCUUGGGCUUCCACUAAAGGUUGUGCAAAUCUGGUUCCAAAAUACACGUGCCAAGGAGAAACGCUGGAGGCUUCAGCAGGAGAAAAUGUCUCCUAAUCCCAAUGACCCUUCUAAGAAGGUAGACAUCAGCUCGGGAAGCUACCUACAAUAUAAUGCUCUCCGAGCCAACCGCCCCAUCCUGCCCAAACCUGUACAACUGACAGUUAUGGAUCCAACUCUUUCAUAUACCAUCGGCCAGACAACAGGCCGUGAGACUCUGAGAGGCAAGUGCGAGGCCUGUGGGGUUGAAUUCGAAUCCAGGGCUGCAGCACGUGACCAUGUCUUCUCAGCUCGACAUCUUGCCACUCUGAGAACCACUAACUUUGGUCAGCAAGCAUCAUUGGUCAGCAAUGGAUCUGGUACGGGGUCUACUGGUGUUGCCAGCCAGUCUUCUACCCCAUCACCAGCUAGCAGCUCCAGCUAAACAAUGAAUUGAAACUGGUAUAGUCUACGGACCCACUAAACUUAUUGGCUUUCAAUAGACAGAAGAUGGGUGCUGGUCUUUUAAGCUAAUGUUCUUUUAAGGCUCUAAAAUUGGAGCAGGCCCAGUUGACACUGGCCCUCUUCACACUCUCUCCUUGGAUAUCAGCGAGACAUUGUUAUUAUUAUGAUAUAGAGUCUUUGCUUACAGGGCUCCUUUUAAUUGACCUAUUGCCACAGCAUCAUUUUACUAUAAAUAAUCUACUGAAAUGGUAAUCAUGGACAUGCUAAUGCUUAUGUGAUUAUGGUCCGUCUUCACAACUCCAUCCCGAUUUAAACUCCUAUAUGUUGGGUAAUAUUUCUACUUGCGUUUACACAAAACACUUUGUUUGAUUGGGAGAAUCUAUGGUAAUGAAGCACCCAAAAACUCAACCAAAGUGCUCUGGGUUCUCAAUUAUGUUUGUGGUACUGCUUUUGCUUGAGCCAGGGUGGUCUUCAGCCUAUAUAGAAGCUGAUUUAUCUCCAAUUGUCUUGUUAAUUCAAAGAAACAGAAGUUCUUCUUCUGGCUCAGUUGAAAGAAAUAACUAGACUACGCUAAUGGUAGAUGGUAAUGAAAUGACAAGUAGAAAACGUCUUCUAUGGAGAAUUUGGGAGAGUGUUUUGAAUCCAGACGCAUUAAAACGAGGACAUUGUUCACAAUACGAUAGCUAUUUUUGAACAACCAUCAUGACAAUCCCGUAGUCCUCAGCAAAGCUCUCGUUGAAAUUUCAAGAUGUCAGAUGGUCAUCAUACAGCACUUUGACGUUUUUUUUUUUUUUUUUUUAAAGGUUUUCGUGUUCCGCAAAAUAUAAUUUUGUUGUAUGGUGAAAUCUUACUGUAUGUCAAACUAUAAUGAAGUAUUAAUCAGCUUUUAAUGAUAUUUUUAAAGGGUUUGCAUUGCACAUAGUUAAACACAGACAAAAAAAUAUGGAUCAGACCUAGCCGCUGUGCACGAAGCCAAAGUCAAGUCUGUACUUACACUAUUUUAUAUGGAUUUGUGGAACAUUGAAAUUAUAUACCUUACACCCUCCGAUAAACCAUUUAAUUUGGUUUUAAUUUUUAGGGAGUUACCCAAGCUUGUCGAUAUAAAUUAAACACAAAAGUCAUCUAUUUAUGGUAAGAGCAAAAGCGUUUUAGAAUUAUGGGAGAGAGUUGUCAUCCUUUUUUCUUGUUCUUUUUUUUUUGCGUUUUGUGUUGUUGCGAACCGAGUGCUCAUACUGAGUAGAUUCAAGUAUUUUUCUUAAAACCCAUCAGGAGAGAAGACAGGGUGCUUUAGUGAACCUGGAAACUACUCAUCAGGGCAACAGUAGGUGUGAUUUGAAGGACAUGAAAUACUAAAGACGAUUUUCCUUUUUGGUUUAUUUUGUAUAAUAUUAUUGAUACUAUUAAUACUUUAACAAAAUGCAAAAAUAAAAAAGAUUUUUUAAUGAACUAUAUUAAGAAAAUGAUAUUCCAAAGUUGUUAUUCUUCUUGCUUUGUCUCAUUAAAGAAACCAAAAAGCAAUCUUGAUUGGAAGUGUUCGGAAUGCAAACCGCAAAUGGAGCUCCCAUGCCUUGACACUUUGAACUAGUCCAGGGUUUAAGAAUGAGCUACAGAGAAAUGCAUUUCAGAAAACUCAGCUUGAAACACUUGAAGUUCAUAGAAAAGUUUUGUUUUCAGUAUAUAUCCCAGCAAAUACAAGUUGUUUUUCAAGGUGUAGCUCAUAUGAAAUGAACAUGGACUGGGUUUUAGUGCAGUGCUACAAGACGUGGAAACACAUGGUGUUGCACUGUUCAGAGUAUAUCGGUAGAAUAUGGAGAAAUGCUUUUAUAUUAUCUUUUCACUUUUUCAUUGACACUUGAUUAUCACUUGUUAUAACUGUACUACUUACUAUUUUUCAGUACUUUCAUCACUUUUGAUUAUUAUAUUGAUUCAUAACGGUUUUAAUGGCAUUUCAGACUUCAGAUGUCAUUGAUAUGAAUUUAAACGAUAAUGGUGGCAGUCUUGUUAUGAAAAAUUUGAGUAUUGAUUAAGCUUGUUUUCCCAUCACUUGUACCUUCUUUUUGUGUUGGUUCUUUUUUCUUAUGCAGAAAACAAAUAAACUGAAGUACACGUA